CAAAUUGUCCAGAAACUUGUUGUGGACUAUGCCUUACAUGGCGGAUUCCUCAAAAUGCACCAAGGAACAGUUCCUCCAGAUAUGAAGCGAUGUGUCUAUAUGUAUCGGAAAACCCAGGAUGGAAUUCCUAAUUUUGAAGGCGCCGAAAUUGCUGAUUUAGAAAUGCCAGCUUACUUUCACUUCGGAACUAGUACAGGGAAUUUUCUGAAUUCCAUUGCAUUUCUUUCAAAACAGGUAUUUGCAUCCUUACUCGCCAAAUCAUUCGUGGAACCGACACUAAAAUCUACAAGACCCGAGUCGAAUAGGAACAGCAGCUCCGAUAAGCAAGAGUUCAAACGGCCUUCAGAUUUCCGAAAAAUUUCCCUGACCUUAAGAAAGGCAACCCAGCAGAGUCUUUUCAGCGAUGCAUCCCUUGGAAUCACGCUGGGUUUGGAAAGCGACUCCCAGGAUUCUAAAAAUCCUAUUAGAGAAGGGCUCGUUCAUGACGUUAUGGCACUUGUCAGUGCAUUGAACUGGUAA